AUGCUGCAGACGCUGAUGCUAUGGGAAGAAACCUCCAACACUGUGAGUCUUGAGAGCUACGUCAACAAUCUUUCUUUCUCCAGCCAAGCCGGGUACGCUGCGCUCACCGACUCGCUUCAGGUGGCCCUCUUGGACGUGCACUCGAUCAAGUACCUUGAUCGAGUCCAGUGGGAGGUUGUGAAUCACAACCUCCCACUGGACUCGAUCAAGUACCUUGAUCGAGUCCAGUGGGAGGUUGUGAUUCACAACCUCCCACUGGACUCGAUCAAGGUACUGCGCAAGACGUAUCACAACUUGUGA